AUGUUUUCCCAGAACACUGAGCAGACCAUGGCCUUGUUGGCGCAGGCUGCCCUCGCACCCCUUCUCUUGCACCUCCUCGUAUACCUCCUGAGCGGCAGCUUCGUCACCCGGCUCGCGAAGCAGUACCGGUCUUCAAUAGAGAAACUCCUCUUCUCAGACAAAGCCCUCGAACCAUUCCCAACCCCCAUCCCCCAAGACAAGCCAAAGCCCAGAAUCCUCCUCACCGGCGCGACCGGCUACGUCGGCGGCUCCGUCCUCCACGCCCUCCUCUCCCACCCCUCCCUGACCACCACCAUCACCCCCUCGAACCCCAUCACCCUCCCCCUCCGCGGCGCACCAGACCGCCUCGCGAAGCUCACCGCAACCUACGGCCCCCGCGUGCACCCCGUCCCCAUCACGUCCCUCGACGACAUCCCCACCAUAACCCGCCUCGCCUCCGCCCACGACGUCGUCGUCAACGCCGGCUCCGGCUUCCACCCCCCCUCCGCGGAAGCCCUCGUCCGCGGCCUCGCCCUGCGCAAGGCGCGCACCAAGACGCCGGUCUGGAUGCUCCACACAUCGGGCUGCUCCAACAUCGCCGACAAGCCCGUCACCGGCACGCCGCGCCCGGACGUCGAGUACGAGGACGCAAACGCCGAGGCCGUCUUCGCCUUCGAGGAGGAGGAGAAUAAGCGUGAUUGGUACCCCCAGCGCGCCGCGGAGCUCGCGGUGCUGCGCACGGCGGAGGAGCUCGGCGUGCAAGCCGCGAGCAUCCAGGCGCCCUGCAUCUUCGGCACCGGGACGGGGCUGUUCCAGACGGCGGGGCUGAUGAUUCCCAUCAUGAUGGGCUUCGUGCUCGGGCGCGGGUACGGGUUCACGGUCGGCGACGGCUCCGGGGUGAUGGACCGGGUCCACGUGGCCGACCUCGCGGACCUGUACGUGCUCUGCGUGCUCGACGUCCUGCAGCGCGACGGGGCGAACGUACCCACGGGACGGGCGGGCAUCGUCUUCCCGACCGCCGGACGGACCCUGACGGCGGACAUUGCCAGGAAGUGUCUCGACGUGGCGUUCGCGACGAGGAACCUGCCGAAGCCGGGCGGUCCGCGGGGGAAGGAGGUGCGGACGCUGACGAUUGAGGAGGCGGCGGUGACGACGGCGGGGAACGCGUCGGUGGCGGAGACGGGCUGGGGCGGACACCGGAAGACGAAGGGGACCGUGGCGAGGGAGAGGCUCGGGUGGAGGCCGACGCGGUUGGAUGAGGCGUGGGAGAGGGAUUUCGAGACGGAGUUGAGGGCUGCGUUGAGCGGGCGGCGCGGGGCUACCAUUGCGGCUUGUAUUGCUGACACGAAGUAG